UAAAAACUAGCACUUCGAGCCAAACUAGUAAAAUGGAUGUAGCAACUAAGGAGGGGCUGCUUUUUUUGCAAGGGGUCAAAUUUGGGAAGAAGAUAUGGCGUAAAAUCUGGCUGAUUUUAUUUGAGCCCAGCUCUGCAGGGAUUGGUCGCAUGGAGCUGUUUGAUAUACGUGAUGGAGGGGGCUUAAAGGGGUUAACCAUUGCUAGGCCUAAAGGGCUCCGUAAGACAGACAGACGGGUGAUUUACCUGACAGACUGUCUAAGCAUCACUCCAGCCCCAGGAGAGAGCUGUCCCAAAGAUUGCUCCACCUUCUUUUUAAACACCAUCUCUUGCACCUACACCAUUGCCGCACCCACACAGGAAGACUGGAUAUCUGUUCUCUGCCAGCUGGCCUUUCAGAAGACAAAUGGAACUGAAGAUUGCAGGAAGGUCCAGAGAGAUAAAUACAUGCAACUGGCUGACAAUGAACUGUACUCAACUUGGGGUGCAGGCCAGUUCCAGGUGACAGUGCAGAGCACAGAUGCGUCUCAGAGGUGCAGGAUGUCUGGCUCAUACCUGCUGUCUUGUGAAAAAGAGGCGAUUUGCCUGCUGGACCUGAAGACAGGACAGGCCAUCUCUCAGUGGCCCUACAGGCUUCUCAGAAGAUUUGGCCAAGUCAAGGGAGGAAUCAUGAUUGAGGCUGGUCGUCGCUGCCACACGGGAGAGGGUCAGUUCAUUUUCAUGUCCAAACAGGGGUCUCAAAUACACAGAGCCAUUGAAGAGGCAAUCAUGCACCAGAGUGUCCAAGAACUGCUAGCACAAGCCACCACUCUUCCGGAGUUUGUAUCCCAGCCCCCUUCACCUAAAAUCAAAACACAGGACAGACCUAUGCUUGCUUUAAUCAAAACAAGUCAAGAAAGACCCUGCCCAGAGGUACAACGCAAACAAGGUCAGCAAAUUCACAAAGCUAUUGGGGAGGCUCUCAUUCAUCAGAGUGUUCCAGAUCUGCUGGCACCAUUCACCCCUCUUCAAAAGGAUUCCCUACCCCCGUCAUCCUCGCCUAAACUCAAACCACAGGAGAGAUCUAAGGACAAACUUAAGGUUAGUAAGCAACCUUUAGUCAACAUGAAUCAGGACAGACCUUGCCCACCUUUACCACAGAGACAUGUGCAACCAGUAUACAUGGCCAUUGAGGAGGCUCUCAUGCACCAGAGUGUCCAAGAGACACCAUCUAACCUUCUUCCACAAGCCCCUCCGCACCCGCCAUCCAUGCCUAAAGCCAAACCACAGUACAGGGCCAGUGUUGAUAAGCAUCCUCCAACCAACAUAAAUCUGGAAAGACCCCUCCCAGAGGUACCAUGCAGAAACAUCUCCUUUCCAGAUCCUCCCUCUGUCAAAGGCCCUGUGAGAAGCCCAGAUGAUUCCUUGUAUGCCACUCUUGCACCACAAUCAAAACCUAGAGUAAACACAAAUCUCCCAAAAGUCCCAGUGCCUCCUAGUCCACCAACACACUUUAGAAUUCACAUUAAACAGGAUGCACAUGAAAUCACAGAUAAAGUGGUAAAAUCGUGGACUUCAUUGCAAGAGCCUUCUGAGAACAAAAAGGAGGACGAUCCCUAUACUAACUGGACUGCUAUGACAAUGGCCGAUCAGGACCAAGUGAACACCCAGGCACUAUACAGCACAGUGAAUUUCACUACUAAACAGAAGAAUAGACAGAUUGAUGAUAAUGAUGGUCAAGAACAGCCCAACACAGACCAGCAAAAUCAUGUGACCACUUCCACGGAAAUCCCUGUCGACUUCAAACAGACCCUUUCUAACAUCUUGUUUAAAGAGCUGUCCAAGAUUCCACCCCCAUUCCCUCCCAGGUCGCAUGGAGGAAGUUUCGAUCAUCUAGAAAGUCUAGAAGAGCAGAUGACUGACUAAUGUUUCUAUACCGACUGUUAGGGUUAAUGUCACUGCUAAUUAAAGUUGAAGUCAUCGUGAAAUAAAAAUGGACACUUUUUGCUUACUUAAUACACAUUAUUUGAGAAAGAUUCAUCAGUACCCUGAUGAAUUUAUUCCAAACCAUAAAAUCAGCCUGAUCUCAUGAAAUUGCAAACCAAAAUGAUGUACCUUUUUACAUGUUUGGCUGCAGUUUCCAAGUGAAGUGUCCAGUGGGGGGUGUCAAAAAGCAAGUUAAUUAUGUUGUAAUGAGACAAGGAAUUUAAGCUGAAUAUUACAUGGAUGUUUUUAUGAGUAAAAUGUACCACCCUAACCUAAAACUUUAGCCUAAACCUAACCAACAGUGACCUAAAAGAUAAAUGAGAGGUGAACAAAACCCCUAAACCUAACUGAUAAUGUUUUAAAAGUAAAUUCGUCAUGAAAAGCAUUUUCUGAAGCAACCGUGCAUUUUUGUGACUCUUCUAUGGCACUUUCGCUUCAAGCAUCCUUGACUGAGCUCGAAGCCCAGUCUCCGAGACCAACACUCUAUCAUGUGAGCUAGAACAUAAGCUAAUCAUGUUGGUGUAAAUGUAGAUGUGUCUGUAAUACAAGAAUUAAAAUUUAUAAUUUUUCAAAUAAUGCGUUUUUCAUAGCAGGGUGUGAGUAAUUGAGCAAAAAAUCCAGAGUACCAGUGAUUUGUGUGAAAGUGAAUAAAUGCAAAGUUGUUGUAGUGCUUCUAGUGUCAAGUCAUGUAAUUAUUAUUUGUAUAGUGCUUUUCACAACACACAUUGUUUUAAAGCAGCAUUACAGAAAAUCAUUCAUUAAUAGAAAAUGGAAACUGUAACAUAUAUAAAGUCUUAGAAAGUCUAUUGAGUCAUCAUUGUAUAGUUUAAUUAACAAUUAUUGUAAAUUGUGUAUAAAAAUAAAUAUGUAAAUAAUUAUAUCCUAAUUGUAUUUAUAAUCCCAGUAAGCAAGCCGAAGGCGACUGUGGCAAAACUCCAUAAGAUGUUGGUUAAUGGAGAAAAAUAACCUUGGGAGAAACCAGGCUAAAAUGCGGCCUAAAAUCUGACUGAUAUUGUCCGUUGUAGUGCGAAGGAGGGCGGGGCAGCUGCCUGUAGGUCUCUCUCUCUCUCUCGAACUGCCAUCUCUGGUCGCUUUUAUCCCUCGCUUGCCUCAUCAGGCUGAUUGGGGUCCUUGGGGGCUUUUGAUGUUUCUGUAAGUUUUGUAAGCUCUUCAUGACCAAUAACGAAGUUGUUUUUGAGGAAAAUUAUGAGAUAUUGUUUUCUGUGUUACUGUGACAUAUGAUUGCAUAAUUCCAAUUUUAUUUCUGAUUAUUUUUUAUUUCAUUUUUAUCGGUAAAGAUAUUCAUGAAGUCAUUACUAUUGUGCUGCGAUGAAAUAUCUGGUUCAGUCAAGACUUUAUUCCUAACCAAUUUUGCUGCAUUUAUGCCCUUUUUGGAGCUCAAAGGUUUUGCACCACAUUGACAUACAUUGCUAGGGCAAAAUAUUCUUCAAAAUAUCUUAAUUAUUGUUCCACAGAAGAAGGAAAUAGACAAGUUUAGGAUGGGAGAAAAAUGAUGAGAAAAUUUUCACUUUUGGGUGAACUAUCCCUUUAAAACUCGCUUGUCACACAUAUACCUAAAUUUAAAGUCAACAUGAAACAUAUUCGCACCCCAUUUUAGACAUGUAAGUGCAUUGUUUAUUAUUAAUGUUUCUUUGAGAGUGUUUAUAGCAACUAUUUAAUACCGUAAUGUGUGCUGAUUCAUUCUAAUGCUAAUCAUAACUGUUUGUGGAAGACAUCAUUUGUAUAAUGUUUGUCUAGUGUUAAGUGACUAUUCACACUGUAAUCAUUUAUUGGCUACCGUUGAUUACUUUAUUAUGAGAAUAUUGUUCUAAUGUCCUUGCUUAUGAGCAUACUGCUGUACUAAUUCAUGAUGAUGAUAUUAUUGCAGUUAAUAAUUAUUCCUUCUCUCUGUUUAUUUUAGAACCACACACAAACACACAUAUAAAUGCAUAUUGUGUAGACUGGAACUAAAGAGAGAUAUACCUGUAUGCCAUACCGUGCUGAUUGCUGUUUCCUUAUUCCUAAGUAUUGAAGUAAACCCAUA